AUUCUAGUCUGUUUGUGUUUUGACUGUUUACUGUGGAGCUCUUCUCUUCUCCUGUUCAGCUCUAGUUCGAGCUCAAAGAGGCGGACAAUCAGCGUUUCCCGCUUCGGUAAAAAGAAGAAGCAGGAGAAGGAUGGCGUCUGAAUCUCCCCGCAGACCGAGUCGCUGUGCCGGGGGAGUUUUGGUCCGAGCUCAAGCUGCUACGGAGCAGUCAUACAUGGAAAGUGUUGUCACCUUCCUGCAGGAUGUGGUCCCUCAGGCAUAUACUGGAGCGCCACCUACUGAUGAGAAAGAGAAAAUCAUUUGGGUUCGAUUUGAGAAAGCAGACGUUAAUGACCCAGCUCGUAACCCAGAGUUUUUGGAGAUGCACAGCGGUACCUCAGACCCGCCCCUCCUCCUCAUGAUUGGCUACGCUGAUGGCAUGCAGAUCUGGAGCAUAUCUUUGGCAGGAGAAGCCCAGGAGCUGUUCUCGGUGCGUCAUGGACCUGUUCGAGCUGCUCGGAUUCUUCCUGCUCCUCACAUCAGUCCUCUGAAAGUAGACGGCUUUGCUGAGAAGAGACCAAUGCUGGGGGUCUGCAAGAGCGCAGGGUCUUCAGGUUUCAGUGCCUCAUCAUCCCGUUUCUUUUCCUCCCAUCGUUUUUGCAUGGAGGUGACUGCUGCACCGAACAGCCCCUCAGGAGUGAUGGCGGUGUCCAGGAGGUCCUCCUUCUCCUUAGUGGAGAGUGUGCUUUUUUCCGUCGAAGCGGGAGCGAACUACCUCGGCUUGAAACUCGGGCCACUGGAUGUCAAGYUUUGCAGCGGCGCGUUUGCASACAUCGUGCAGAUCAAAAUCCAGUUCCGGCAAGGACGAGCCUUCAUGACCGGGUUGGCCUGUGCCAGACGGUGCAGGUUUUGCAACCCGACCCGACAGCGGAGGAGAUGGGUCAUAAUCCUCAUCGUUAUCCGAGAAAGGAAGCYCCGACUCACUAUCGGAAAACUYGCAGCCUCCCGUUCCCGGGAAAUCCAGCGARCAGGACUCGAGGCCGAGYUYGGGGACCUUGGAAGGCAGCAGGUCCACGGAGUCKRAGAUUUCGCCCCAACUCGUCCCGGCUCCCGCAUCAGCGGUCAGCGAAGYUAUUUGCUCGGCCGGUUCCUGCACAGCUGCUGCAGAUGCCAUAAGCGGGUCGCUGCUGGACAAUGUCGUCUGACGGGCCAGACGGUGACGAAGCACUUUGACGGARAACCUGCUACAGURCRAGCAGGCUGCUAUCCGUGCCCCGGUCCCUGCCUCAAUCCAAUAGCUYUGGGAAGCCGCUGGCUCGCCUACGCUGAGAACAAGUUAAUAAGAUGUCACCAGUCUCAUGGAGGAGCCUGUGGCGACAACGCACAGUCCUACACGGCUACAGUGAUCAAUGCUGCUAAAACUUUGAAAACAGGCCUAACAAUGGUGGGCAAAGUUGUGACCCAGCUGGCCGGUACCCUACCGGCAGGCACACCCGACGAAGAGGGAACCCCUCACAGUGCAAGUCGCCGCAGCCCUCAUAGUCCUGGCGUGAUCACCAUCAUUGACGCAGACAAUGUUGGCGAAGGACAGGUCCUGGUGAGUGAGGACUCGGACGGAGAGGGAGUGGUGGCUCACUUUCCAGCCCAUGACAAACCCAUAUCCUGCAUGCAAUUCAACCCUAGUGGAAUGCUCCUGGUGACAGCCGACACGCUGGGCCAUGACUUCCAUGUCUUCCAGAUCCUCACCCACCCUUGGGCUUCCUCACAGAGUGCUGUUCACCAUCUCUAUACCCUGCACCGGGGGGAGACCGAGGCCAAGGUCCAAGACAUGUGCUUUAGUCAGGACAGUCGCUGGGUAGCCAUCAGCACCCUUCGAGGCACCAGCCACGUGUUUCCAAUCAACCCUUAUGGUGGCGCACCCUGUGCCCGCACCCACAUGUCCCCGCGGGUGGUGAACCGGAUGUCGCGCUUCCAAAAAAGCGCCGGCCURGAGGAGAUCGAGCAAGAGCUGAACAGGGCGGCUGCUGUUGGCGGAGGAGGAGCUGGAGGCAUGGGAGGAAGCAGCUGCAUUCUGGGUGGAGGAGGCGGCAUGGGCGGCCGCUGCAGUCCCAUACCUGGCAUGUCCAGCAGCCCCUCCGGGUCUCCACUGCAUGCCAAGCUGAGCAACCAGGAUUCAUACAACAACUUCACCAACAACAACAUGGGGAACCCUCGGCUCACGCCGCUGCCCAGCCUCACCGUGGUGCUUCCUCUGGCUCAGAUCAAGCAGCCCAUGACGCUGGGCACCAUCACCAAGCGCACAGGACCUUACCUCUUUGGGGCGGGAUGUUUUGCCAUUAAAACUCCAUGCAAAGCUAAACCACCCCCCCAGAUCUCUCCGAGCAAGUCCAGUGGAGGAGAGUUCUGCGUUGCUGCCAUCUUUGCAUCGUCCCGCUCCUGGUUCCUCACGAAUCCAAACAUGAAGAGAGAGAAAGAUCAGACCAGGCAGUCGGUUGUGGACUCACUGUACAUAAUCAGUUGCUAUGGUAAUGUGGUGGAGCAUGUCCUGGAGCCUCGGCCAAUUAGCACUGCACAAAAGAUUAGCGACGAGACUCCGCUGGAGCUGAGCACCUCUCCCAGAGCAUGCUGGAACUUAGCCAGGACUCCGCAGUGGAACGAGUUGCAGCCACCUUUCAUUUCCAACCACCCACUGGUGCUGGCCUCGGAUCUGGUUCAGUACUAUCAGUAUCUCCUCGCUGGGAUUCCUCCCAGCAGCCCGGGUCCAAUCACACGUCAUGAGUCAUCCGACAGCUUGGCAUCAGACCACAGUGGCCAAGACGAUGAAGAAUGGCUCUCUCAGGUGGAGAUAGUGACCCAUACUGGCCCCCACCGUCGCCUGUGGAUGGGUCCCCAGUUCCAGUUCAAGACAAUUCACCCAUCAGGUCAGACCACAGUCAUCUCCUCAUCAUCCUCAGUGCUCCAGUCCCACGGCCCCUCCGAUGUACAGCAGCCACUUUUGGACUUUGACACAGAUGACCUGGAUCUACGCAGCCUUCGAAUCCAGCCAGUACGCUCCGAGCCAGUCAGCAUGCCCGGUUCAUCUCGGCUGCUGACCGACCGCAGAGGACAAACCAACAUCAUGGAUGCCGGCUCAGGGCAGUUUGAUGGGCGCGGUGUUACCCUGCUGGAGGUAUGUGGGAGCUGGCCCGAGAGCUUCGGCGUGCCCAGGCAUCAUAUUGGAUCGGCAGACAUCAGCGAUGAAGGCCUGCGGGAGAGGCUAGCCGACGCCAUGUCUGAGUCUCCUUCAAGAGACAUAGUGGGCUCUGCUACAGAGCUGCAGAGGGAGGGCAGUAUCGAGACUCUCAGCAACAGCUCAGGCUCCACCAGCGGUAGCAUCCCACGCAACUUCGAAGGAUACCGCUCCCCUCUGCCCACCAACGAGAGCCAGCCACUCAGCCUCUUCCCCACCAACUUCCCCUGAAGCUUCGGCCCACUGCUCAACACAAGUUCCACAGCAGUGUGAAUCAGAUGUGUGCUUGCUGUAGUCUGCUGUCCCACAGCUGGUGGGACAUGAGAGAGACCCCAGCUGGAUCAAUAUUCUSGUCAAUAUUGGUCAAUAUUCUAAACUCACAUUCUGCUGUUUGGUGAAGCUUUAGCUGAUUGUUUUCUUUUAAUUAGUUAGUUCUAAUGCCAUGGUGUCCACUGAGCGUCCUCCAUGUGUGUUGCUGAUUUUUUACGGAGCGCCUAUUGUGUGUCUGGGCCAUAAGAAAAGGAGAAGAAAAAGAAUGUUCUCCAGGCAGUGAUGUGUGGCUCCUCCCCACCUCUCUCUCUCUCUCUCUCUCUCUCUCUCUCUCUCUCUCUCUCUCUCUCUCUGUGCGUGCGUGCGUUUUUAGAUAUGUGUGGCUGCUUUCAUGGGCCCUUGCUAAAUGUUUGUGAUUGAAAUUACUCCCUUCWUGCCUUUGAUUUUCAUGUAAUUACAUUUGACAAAAGAUGCAGUAAUGAGAUGACACUAUUACUACAUUGCAGAAGUAAUUUAGAUGUUUACAGUAUAAUUGAAAUAUGUUUCUGAAUUUAUCUAGAUGGAUUCCCUCYRCUGCACUCAGCCGUUCCAUGUAGAACAUUCUGGUUUUGCACGCUGAACUAAAUUUUUUGUAGUUUGUUUUACAUAUUUUGACCAAAAUCUUGAAAAACCUGUAGAUGUUUGAAACAAUGCAUUUUUCUCCUGAUAGUUUUUUGUUUAGCAUAGAGGAACAUGAUUUAUUUGUUACCUGUAAUUGUUUUUUAAUCAAUGUAAAGUAAUUGGAUGAUUUACAAACUGAUAAUAUUGUGCAUGACAGUGAUCAGGUGGACUGAAGUCCAUGGAUCUAAAAACUGGAGAGCAAACAUUUGUUGUUGAUAAUAAUCUAACUUUGCUUCCCAGCAUUCAUUCAUUAAAAGCUUAAUAAAAGUAGAGGACAUUU